AACUCCACCCAGCAACAAAAGCACUUCCCACUUCUUCAAUCAACCUCCUAAAUCUGUCAAGAUGGUUUUCGGCUGGGGCGAAGCUCAAGAUUCUUACGAUCAAGUCCAGAACGGCGACGUCAACGAAUCCUCCUUCGGUCAUGAGGCCUUAGCUGGUGCCGCUUCCUUUGGUGCCUUCAAGAUGUUCGAGGACAGACAACGCAAGGAGGGAAAGCCCGUCUCCCAUCAAUUCGCCAAGGAGCUCCUUGUCGGUCUCGCCGGUGCUGAGGUUGACAAGUUGGCCGAGACCAAGGGUAUGGACUUCAUCGACCGCGAGAAGGCCAAGCACCACGCCAAGCAGCAGGUCGAGGGCAUGUACAACAGCCACUAUGGCGACAACGAUCAAUAUGAUCCCAACACCCAAGAUGCUCCUUCUCAACUCGGCUACUAAGCCGUCCGUUGAGACAUGUCGACC